CGGAGCGGAGGGGAGGGAGCGGGCGGCCGGCCUCCGGGAGGCGGUGAGUCACCUGACCGCUGCCCGCCCGGCUCGCUGGCUGCAGUCGGUCGGGCCGCGCCGCGCCUCGGCUCUGGUCGACGGCGGCGAGGAGAAUGCGCUCACUGGGCCUCCCGGCGCCGCGAGGGACGCAGGAUGUCGCUGAGCGAGGGCGCGGCCUUCGCCUAUGAGUCCUCCGUGCACAGCACCAACGUGCUGCUGGGCCUGGACGAGCAGCGGAAGAGGGGCCUGCUGUGCGACGCCACCGUGCUGGUGCAGGGCCGGCCCUUCCGCGCCCACCGCUCCGUGCUGGCCGCCUGCAGCAGCUACUUCCACGCCAGGGUCGUGGGCCAGGCCGACGCCACGGAGCUCCGCAUCUCCCUUCCGGAAGAGGUGACGGUUAAAGGGUUCGAGCCGUUACUCCAGUUUGCCUACACGGCUCGGCUGCUGCUCAGCAAGGACAAUGUGGACGAGGUGUGCAGGUGCGUGGACCUUCUAGGUGUGCACGACAUCGAGGAGUCCUGCUUUCAGUUCCUCAAAUUUAAGUCUCUGGACCCGUCUGCAGAGCAGCAGGAAUGCCCAAGGCAAAAGUGCUUCCCGCCGCACUGUCAGAACGCAGACCUCAAAUUUUCACUUCUGGACCGGAGGGACGCAGACAUUGAUGAGGUGGAGGAGUUUUGGAGACACAAGAAUGCUCCGGCUCCCCAGUGCCAGCUGCCUGAACGUCAAGGAGACAGAAAGACGCCGCCCCCGCUGCAGGACGGCGCCGGCCAGACGUGGGAGGCCAUGUGCCUAGGGAAGGACGCUGCUCUGGCUCUGCCGUCCUUGUGCCCCAAGUACAGAAAGUUCCAGAAGGCAUUUGGGACGGACAGAGUCCACCCCGUGGAGCCCGGGUUCGGAGACGUGCACGGGUCCCUGCAGCCGGGCGAGACGCCCGAGGGUGAGUGUGCGGGGGGCUCCCGGGGCUGUGCAGGCCCGCCGGCGGCUCUGAAAUGUGAAGAAGGCGGGACGGCCAUGGAGCGAGCAGACGCCGAGGGAGACCCUGCCCCUCCGUGCCCCCCAGGAGCGGCCGACGCGGCCCCCCUCCCCCACAGCUCCUGCGCGGACGCCGCUUCCCCCGGGCUCUACUCGCUGCCCCUCCUGCACACCUACGGCCCGUACGGCGACCUGAGCUUCGCCGGCGCGCAGGGCCCGGUGGCGCUGGCAGAGAAGCCUGAGUCCGGCCCGGACUCCGGAGGAGAGAGGGCCUGCGCCGAGGGCCAGGAGGCGCACCUGGAACCCGACGCGGGCCCCGGGGAAGAGAGCGGCCUUGCCCGGAGCAGCGUGGAGCGGGAGGUGGCUGAGCACCUGGCCAAGGGCUUCUGGACCGACGUCUGCGGCCUGGCCGCUCCCCGCCCCGCGCAGGCGCACCCCGGCGCGGCCAGGGCCGGCGCGGAGCAGGCCCCCGCCCAGAGGCGGUCGGAGUGCCCCUGGCUGGGCAUCCGGAUCAGCGAGAGCCCAGAGCCGGGUCAGAGGACUUUCGCCACGCUGAGCCCCGUCAGCUGCCCCUUCAUGAGCACUCUGGGUGCCGAGGGCCGGCCCGGCCGCGCGGACCUCGGCACCGACGGUUACGCCUCCGAGCCCCAGCAGGGGCCCUGCCCCUACGCGUGCGUGAUCACCCUGGGCGACGACUCGGAGACAGACACCGAAGGGGACAGUGAGCCCUGCUCCGCCCGGGAGCAGGAGUGCGAGGUGAAGCUGCCGUUUAACGCGCAGCGGAUAAUCUCGCUCUCCCGCAACGACUUCCAGUCCUUGCUGAAGAUGCACAAGCUGACGCCCGAGCAGCUGGACUGCAUCCACGACAUCCGCAGGCGGAGCAAGAACAGGAUCGCCGCCCAGCGCUGCCGCAAGCGGAAGCUCGACUGCAUCCAGAACCUGGAGUCGGAGAUCGAGAAGCUGCAAAGCGAGAAGGAGAGCCUGCUGAAGGAGCGGGACCACAUCUUGUCGACGCUGGGCGAGACGAAGCAGAACCUGACGGGCCUCUGCCAGCAAGUCUGCAAGGAAGCCGCGCUGAGCCAGGAGCAGAUACAGAUCCUCGCCAAGUACUCGGCCUCCGACUGCCCCCUGUCCUUUCUCGUUUCUGAGAAAGGAAGGAGUGCGUCUGAUGGUGCUGCCGCGUUUCCCCCAAGUCUGAGUGUCCUCGAGGGCCCUGCAGCUGCGCCGCCCGCGGGGGAGGGAGGCCCCAGCGGCCCCAGUGGCCCCAGCGGCCCCGGCGGGAAGGGCAGCGCGGCCGCCUGCACGCUGGGCCAGGAGCCAGGGCCGCCUCCCCAGGCGGCCCGCGAGCCUGCCGGGCGCACGGAGCCGUGCCGGCCGGGGGCAGGCCUGGCGGACGUGUGUCAGCAGAUGACGGACAAGUGCACCACCGACGAGUGAGCGCGCGCCCCCUGCCCUCGAGCCGCCGAGUCUCCUGCCGAAGUUCCGGCAUUGGCCUUGGAACCCGGUACAGGCACUUGUCUCCUAGCAGCGCUGCCCCUCCCCGGGUCGUUGGCGGGCCGGGGGUUCCCGAGCCGUCAGCCCCGGCGUGUUCUCAGCGCCACGGGAGCCGUAGGGGCCACGUGCUCCUGCACCCCGAAAAGUCGCCUGUGAGAACGCAGCGGCGACGGCUCUCAGUGGCAGCUCCUUCCCGCGCUCAGAACAGAGACGCGAACGGGCUCCUGUCGGACAGUGAGACGCCGCGAGGCCUCUGCCCGCGGGCAGACCCGCUGGAGAGGCAGCCGGGCGAGGGGGGCCCACUGGUCUCCGCAGCGUUCCGACGCGAGCGGGGACGUGUCCCCGGCGGAGGAGGAGGGCCAGAGAUCUGCUCGGAAGGGGUGCCCGCUACCCGGGGUGUUCGGGUGGGGCGGUUCGCUCUUCAGGCUCCACCAAAUCAGGGAGUGGGCGGCCCGCCCGCCCGGGGCCCUGAGCCACACGGAACUCGGGGGAACAGGCAGGCGGGCGGCCUGGGGCAGCGGCGCCUGCUGCGUGUCUGUGUCGACGGUAGAGGCCCUGGGAAGCUUCAUGCCCCCUCUUUCUCUUCAGUCUCCCACGUCUGGGUCCACCGGGGUCUGGGUUUCCCGGCGCCCUGUCCCUGUGCAGGAGGAAGUGGGGCUGGGGUGCAGGGCCCGAGUGCGCGCCGACCCGGCCGCCGUGGGCUCCCAGGAUGCCCGAGAGCCAGGCGCCGGGGCGGCGGCCACCACCUGUCCUCCCAGGUGAGGUCCGAGGGCUCGCCUGUAAGCAGCGUCGUUCUGGGUGACAGUGCCUCUGGCACAGCCGUGUGGGUCUGUGAGACGGGAAGACACUCGGCCCUGUCUCACGGGGGGCUUGCAGGUGGACCCCAGCCGAGGCCUGCUCUGGCCCCCGGGGCGGGUGGGUCCGGGCGCACAGGCCGUGUUGCCUCGGGCAUUUCAGGGCGCCCUCCGUGUGCACCCAGCCCUGCUCUGAGGCGCUGCUUCUCGCCCGAGGGCUCGCCCCGUGACGCUUCGCGGUGCUUCUGGGGCGGCCGGGGGUUAGACUUGCUGGAGAGUCGGUGAGAGCCGUGGACCGCCGGCUUCCUGCCGUUGGAAGGACUGCGUGUGUCCUCGCACAGAUUCCUGUGCGGAGCCCAGUGUUAAAGGGUGCAGGGGAGUCAUUUAUGGUGUUGGGGCCAGAAAGCACCUCCCCAACACGAGGCACCCAAGGGGCUUCCCCGAGGGCGGCUGGGUGCGGCAGAGGGCCAGGCGGCCCGUGCGGGCCUGAGCCUGUGGGGACCCCCCGGCACGCUUCCGAGUCCUCUGUCAGAUGUCACCCUUUUGGGGGGGGGGUUAGGUGGCAUCCCAGUGCAUUCUCAGUGGUCUGGCGUCAUCGCUGGUAUCGGCCUAGCUGCUCCGAGAGAGAACUAGCUGGGCUUGUCCGUACUCCAGAGGCUUCUGUAAACACACUCAGGAGUGUGUCGGGGGGAGCAGCGCCGUGUGACGCACGCCCACCCCACGAAGUGUGCACACACACACCCCACGUACCUGUUCCUGCGAUGCUUGUCAUUUUAAGGUUUAGCUUCAAAACCCAACGUGGAAACGUCUCUGGUUUACAGGACGUAACCCUCACACCAGCCAGGGAGCCCUCGAUUCCUACCUCAGCGGCACUCGCACCCGCGCGGGCGCCCCGCCUGCCCGUGCGCACGGCCCCGAAAGCUCCUUUCCCCUCCGGCGGCCAGGCCUGCUCGUCUCCAGAGUCGAAACGUGGCUUGUCAGGCGUCUCGUGUGAAUUUAUCUCCGCACACGAGCAGCGUAGCAUUAGGGGUUUAUUCCGGCGGCAUUCUGACGACAGGCCAAGUGGAGUGUUUCGUGCAGCGCGGCGCUGUGUCCGCAGCCAGCAUGCAACACCAGCAACCACGCUACCUCACUCCUCCACGGUCUGCGCUCGCAGAGGGGCGGGCGGGCGGGCGGGCGGGCGGCAGCGGGGCCCCUCUGUCUCGGGCUGUCGGGUGGAGACCCUCUGUCUGCUGCAUACCCUCACACACCUAUGCCUCGCUACCUUCUCAGCAAGACUUUCGUAAUGAUCAGUUUUCAGUUGACUAUUUUGGGGGUGUGGAAGACAAGUGACGGGACCGUGUGCACGCAGUGUGCCUCUCCUUCACGCGGAGCUCCGGAAGGCUUGUUCCCGGUCGGCGGGCGUCCCGUCCGGGCCGUUGCCCCCGUGUAAACCGGCCUUCCCGACGUCUCCCAGCCUCCCGGCGCCCGCGUGUCCGCCUCGUCACCGUGCACCCGCAGCGCUGGCUCGUGCUUAGCUCGUCCCGUGCGAGCAGACGUGGGCGCAAGCCCCGAUGCCCGUUCGUGGCGCCUGACCACGGUGUGCGGGCGGCCGGCGUCCAGCCAGCCGGCUCGGAGCGAGGAGGCAAAGGUGUGGGCGGGCGGCCGGGCCGGGCCGGGCCGCAGGCGGACACUCGGCCACACCGACAACUCCGGAGGAAAGUCAGACGACGGCAAUGUUGUCAUGAAGUCUCAGGUGAACUCUUCUCAGUUACAGAACAUCUAUUUUGAAUUUGUAAAUAUUUUAAGUGUUUUAUUAGGCAUGUAAUAAACUAUUCUUUGAAACCUGUCAGGUAAAUGAAAAUUUAAAGCCGUAAUGGCAUACUUAUUGUAAAUAAACAUCUGUUGAUUUUUUGUAUCUUUCUUAAUAUAAUUUUCUAACAAUGCAAUAAAACCACUAAAUUUAUAUAUCCAUGUUGUAUUAAGGUCAUGGUUCAUUAAAAGUAAACAUUCAUAGUAUUUAAUUUAUAUUUCCUCCCUCAUGUGCUCAUCCAAGUGUAGCAAAAUGACGACUGUUGGAUGUUGGCGAUGAAUCAACAGUUAAAUAAAACUCCUUGAAACUGCUGCUGA